UAUCAGCCGUUGUCCCAGAAACGCCCCGCAUAUGUCACAGUGACACGAUAAGGCAGGCGGUUCUGAACCUUCCCCUUCAGGAGCUUCGGUUCGCUUCUCUCUCUCUCUCAUGGCGAUUGGCCGAAAACGUUCACCCCCACCACCACCACCACCAACCCCCUCUCUUUCUCUCUCUCUCUCUCUCUCUCUCUCUUCGAGCGAUUGAUUGAUUUGUGUCGAGGGAUGCUGUUCUGUUCCAUGUUCUCCUGUCAUUCUCUUGCAGUUCGAUCCCGUUCGAAAUGAUCGAAUUCGAGAUCGAGAUGUGCCUUUUCUUGUCCUGUCUCGUCUCGCUUGGAUCUUUGCUCUUCACCCACCACCACCACCUCUCGCAGGAGAAGAAGAAAAGCAAAGGGAUCGUCUUUUCUCAUGAAACGAACCUCUCGCGCUCGCCGUCGUCGCACCUUUCUGGGUCCUGAUUCAUGAGGGAAGAGAAAUCGCGCCUGCCGCACGCAAGGCACGGAGGAAGCGCGCGAGCGUUCAUGGGCUCGCUCGCAGUUUCUAAGCCCUUCCCUUUUUGCGUCUUGAUUUUCUCCUUCUUCUUCCUGACCUUCCUGGCCUCGUCAUUGGAUGUUGACGACCGCGACGGCGAUUACGUCGUCAUCUCUCGUUCCCAUAAUGCAGCGGCGGUUCCGAGCCCUCCGCCCCCGCCCCCGCCGCCUCCUCCGCCGCGGAAUAUCUCUCCGUUCAAGCCGAGCGUCGCCGUGAUAGUGGGCGUCCUGACAACCAUGUUCUCCAUCACCUUCCUCCUCCUCCUCUACGCCAAGCACUGCAAGCGCGGCGGCGGAGGGUACCCCGGGGCUGACGACGCGGCCGUGGCUUCGUCGUCGGCCGCGGCGGCGAGGAAGAACUCCGGCAUCGACAGGUCGGUGAUCGAGUCCCUGCCCGUCUUCAGAUUCGGGUCCUUGCGGGGGCAGAAGGACGGGCUCGAGUGCGCCGUCUGCCUGACCCGGUUCGACCCGGCGGAGGUGCUGAGGCUGCUCCCCAAGUGCAAGCACGCCUUCCACGUCGAGUGCGUCGACACGUGGCUCGACGCCCACUCUACCUGCCCCCUCUGCCGCUACCGGGUCGACCCGGAGGACGUCCUCCUGGUGGGGGACCCCAACGCCUCCCUCGAUUCCCCGGCGGCGCGGCGUGACGCCGCGGAGGACGACGAGGAGGACAAGCACAGCGUCGUCGUGGACGCGGGCGACGACGACCCGCUGGAGACCCGGCGAGUCUCCGGCAGGCACUCCGACGGGGAGAGGACCGGCAGGCAGAAGUGGCACGGAGGCGACGCGGCGGCGCUGAGGAGGUCCGUGGACAGCGCUCGCGGCGCGAGGAAGAAGACCGAAGCCGUGUCCGUCGGAUGCUUCGACCGAGGGCCGAGGAAAGACGCGCUGCUGCUGCCCGAAGACGAGGACGGGACCGCCGCGGCCAUCGACCGGAGGGCGAGCGCGGCGGCGGAGGAGCGGAGGCGACUAGAGCACCGGAUCAUCGUCUCGGGCAAGCAGGGCCAUCAGAGGUGGAGCGACGUGCAGCCGUCGGAUCUGCUGUACCUGCGGUCGGAGAUGAUAAUCAGCGACGGCCGUGGAUUCCCGAGCGGGGAGGGUGGCAGGAGCGUAAUUAAUGGGAGAAGCGUGUCGGAAAUCACGGGCGUGAGCAGGUUCGGCAAUAAUGGGAUUCACGGUAGCCACGAACGACCGAGGCGGCGACAGAUGGAGACGGACACGGCCACGGGGCUCGUGUCGAGGUGGUUGGCUUGGAUUUCUCAAUCUCCAGCUGUGCGGUCGGAGGGACCCUAAAACGAAUUCUGCUUCCUUUGGGUUUUCAUGGCACCGACCAUAUUGAAUUGAAGAGUCGGAGGACGAAGAACUCGGCUCGGGGCACGGGAAAAUUGCCCCUACACACUUAUAGUUACAAUGAAGAGGAAAACGAAAAUUGCUCAUUGGAUGGGUCCGAUCCAAAGAAAUUAUUGCAACAGAACAUGAGAUGGGUGCGAGCAUAUAAUGUCAAUCGAUUCACGAGGAAGAUGCUUUCCUCCAUCGCCAGGCCUCGGAAGAUACUGUCAUUGGUUUGGAGAUUACAAUGCUGCAGCAUACGGAUUGGCCUGGCCAUAGGAAAAGUGCCCGAACUCGAGGCGCUUGGAUGGAGAGGAUCUCGUCUUUUGUUUUCUGACGAACUUUUGUUGACUAUACCUAAUUUGUCGAUUUGAUACGCCGGUCUUUCCCUUACGUGUAAUCUGUGCAUUGAAAAUUAAAGAAAAAAUUCUUCAAUAGGUA